AUGCGCCUUCACUACUUUCUGAUGAUUGUGAUGGCAACUCUUGGCGCAAGCAAUGGUGCUGUCUCGGCAACUAGCGUCACAGGCGACUCCAAAUACGUAAAGACCAACGAGGUUAAACUUCACUUGAUAAAGACUUUCCAGACAGGCACCAGACGGAAACGAUUCCUCCGUACUGGUGACACAAGUAAAAUGGACUACUACUACGACCCGAACAAACGAGGAGUGUUUAUUGAGGACAAACUCGAGAAAUCGCUGACAAACCGAAGCAGAGCGAAUAAGCUGUAUGAAGAAUGGUACAAGAGUGGAUACUCGGCGAAAACGGUGGCCAGUGGUUUGAACCAGGAUGAGAACAGAGAACUCGUAAGGAUUUACAAGGAACUCGCUCAGGGUUAUGCUGCCUAUAUCAAGAAUAAGAGUCUCUGA